AUGGCACCACCGCACACCAAAUAUAAAACUCUCUAUUGGAUGUAUUCCUUUGUGGUUGUCACCACACUUAUGAUUGGAUAUCCAUUGCAUCUAAUAUUGGGCCUCAUUUCGAGUUCAUCCCUUAAGGAGUUAAUGCAAAGCCUUAGCAUUACCCUCACCUCGACAGUGUGUUCGAUAAAAACAAUAGCAAUUUGGUGGCGCCUCGACAAAGUUGCAGAUAUGUUUACCAUAAUACGACGACAAGAUGAACGUUUACGUUCCGCCGAAGAAGUCGAGUACAUGAAAACGAUUGUAUAUCCUCAAGUGAGAUUUGUCAUUCGGCUAUUCUAUGUGAUAUGUGCGUUCCUAAGUCUUUUCGGUGAAUUAUCAUUGAUUGUUUCGGGUCUAUUGGGUAAUUGGCGUAUUCAAUAUAAGGCCUAUUUUCCUUUCGAUCCCAAUGCCAAUACGAAGAAUUAUGUGUAUGCCCAUAUGUAUCAGCUGAUUGGAGUAAAUUAUACAUUGCUACAAAAUCUUGUCAAUGAUACCUUUGCCUCAUCGCACUUGGCUUUGUUGAGAGGGCAGGUGAAAAUGUUGGCGCGACGUGUGGCUAAAAUAGGGCAUGAUCCGCGCAAGAGUCAGAGGGAGAAUAAUCAACAGCUAUUGGAAUGUAUUCGAGACCAUAAGGAUCUAUUGGAAUACCGCCAAAUCCUCGAACAAAUCAUAUCGGUUUAUAUGUUUUUCCAAAUACUUUUGUGUGGCCUAAAUAUGUGUGUCAUCCUGGUGUAUAUGGUUAUAUUUGUUCGCAAUGACAUUAUCACAUUAUCGUAUUACUCCACUCAUCUGAUUGGUGUCAUGUGUGAGAUAUUACCAAGCUGUUAUUAUGGUACCCUGCUGGAGGAUGCCUUUCAAGAUAUUGCCCAAUCACAUCAUUCCAUGAAAACGGACAGCGGUUUAAAUACCAGAUACCGCUUUAGGACACAUUUCAUUUGUUGGCGUGUAUUGGGAAUGAUGCCGCCGAAGAAGUAUAGACCUCUCUAUUGGCUCUACUCUUUACUCAUCAAUCUGCUGGUAACCAUUGGCUAUCCCCUGCAUUUAAUAUUAGGUCUAUUCACCAGCACCUCAAUAUAUCAGAUUAUCGAAAAUGUGGGCAUCACUUUAACCUGUACGGUAUGCUCGAUGAAAACAUUUGCAAUUUGGUGGAGAUUCAAUGAUAUCGACAGAAUGUUCGACAUCAUCAAACGGCAAGAUGAACAUACCAGUGCGGGCGAACAGACGGAAUAUAUGAAACGAAAAGUAUAUCCUCCGAUCCGAGCUCUCAUCUAUCUGUUUUAUGUGCUAUGCAGUGUAAUACCCCUGGCAGCGGAAAUUGCAAUUAUCGUAAGUGGUAUAGGUGGCACUUGGUUACACAUCUAUCUGGGUUAUUUCCCAUUUGAUACGUUCGCCUCGACGAUGAGCUAUACAAUUGCUAAUAUCUAUCAAUUUUUCGGCCUUGUUUUUACGGUCACACAAAAUUUGGUCAAUGAUACAUUUGCCGGUACCCAUUUAAUGCUGCUGAGUGGUCAGGUCCAUUUGUUGGGAAUGCGUGUAUCGAAUAUUGGUUAUGAUCCGCAGAAAUCACAAGCGGAAAAUAAUCAAGAAUUGCUGGAUUGUAUUCGUGAUCAUUUGGAUUUGUUGGAAUAUCGACGCAAGGUAGAAGAUAUCAUUUCGCUCUAUAUGCUCUUUCAAUUGGUUUUCGCAAGUGUAAAUAUGUGUGUGACCUUGGUGUUUAUGUUACUCUUCGUAAAGGAUGUCAUUACAAUGACCUAUUAUGGCUUCUAUUUUGUCGGAAUGAUAUUUGAAGUAUUACCAAGCUGUUAUUUUGGAACCAUUCUGGAGGAUGAAUUUCAGGAUUUGGCCUAUUCGCUAUUUAAAUGUAAUUGGCCCGAUCAGGAUGCCAGAUUUAAGAAAAAUCUACGCAUUUUCGUGGAACAGGCAUCGCAUCGAAUUUAUGUUACCGCAUAUUUAUUUCGCAUCAAUAAUAUUUCAUUUUUAAGCGUUGUCAAGGGUUCAUAUUCGAUAUUUCGCUGA